AACCGUCAACAGUUUUUCUGAAGGGUGAGUGAAAACAAAUAAACGAUUGUAAAAAGUUAAUAAAUUGUUUACUGGUGAUCCAACCGUUUCAUUCGGCCGAAACAUCAAUGCACUAAUUGGUUUCGCGUUGUUUCUAUUAAAAUCUCAACAAGUUACGGCUUUUUUAGGUGUUAAUCUGGCAGCUUAAGAAAAAUUAUGACACGACGCAAAUAUUAUCAUGUUUAGAAUCUCACCUUUAAAAAGGAGAAGAGAAGACUUGGGAGAAAUGGAGAACCUGUUCGAUAAUGUCCUGCUUAAUGCCUCUGAAUUUGUUAAAGGACGGCUUUUCUUUGUGUCUCUCAACACAGCAAUCAAACCAAAAUCCACUUCAACAGUCCACUACUUCUCUAUAGAUAGUGAAUUAAGCUAUGACAGUUUUUAUUUUGAUUUUGGCCCACUCAAUUUGGCCAUGCUAUACCAUUAUUCGGUAAAACUCAAAAGGAAACUGAACAACCCAGCGUUGUCCAACAAAAAGAUCGUCCAUUGCACUGGACCAGACUUGCAUAAGCGAGUGAAUGCUGCUUUUUUGAUUGGGGCAUAUGCAGUGAUAUAUUUAGAUAUGGAUCCACAGAAGGCCUUUGAAAUAUUAAACCAAGGGUCGCAGAAGGAUUAUUCUGAAUUCAGAGAUGCCUCAGUGGGAGAGCCUUAUACGCUAUCACUGAUCGAUUGCCUGAAAGGUAUUCAGAAAAGUUACCAUUUUGGGUUCUUCAAUUUUAACAACUUCGAUUAUCUGGAAUAUGAACACUAUGAGCGUGUUGAACAUGGAGACUUCAACUGGAUUGUUCCUGAUAAGUUUAUUGCUUUUUGUGGGCCUCAAAACCGGCCCAAGAUCUCCAGCUAUGGAUACCCAAUACAUUCACCAGAAACUUAUUUUCCAUACUUUAGAAGGCAUAAAGUAACCACCAUUAUACGCCUCAAUAGGAAGGCGUAUGAUGCAAAUAAGUUUAUACAAGCGGGAUUUGACCAUAAAGAUUUAUAUUUUGAAGAUGGAGGGACUCCCAGUGAUCGAAUUUUACAAAAUUUUAUAAGCAUUUGUGAAAAUGCUAAAGGUGCCAUUGCUGUUCAUUGCAAAGCCGGGCUGGGCAGAACAGGCUCUCUAAUCGCUUGUUACAUUAUGAAGCAUUGGAAGUUUACAGCUGAAGAGUGUAUUGCAUGGAUUCGAAUAUGUAGGCCAGGGUCCAUUAUUGGUCAUCAGCAAACUUGGCUAAAAGAUAAACAAAAGCAACUCUGGGAAGCAGGUGAGAUUUACCGUAAGAAGCACGGGAUCACUGGCCCUCAAAAGUGCCCGGUGGGCAUUUACAGCCUCUCCGAAAUUAAACGAAAAAAGAGUCAGGAUAACGUAAUGGGGAUAAUGAAGAGAGUGGACUGCAUGGAGAUUAACGACUCCCCUGGGGAUUUUGAGGAAAUCAAAGAAACCCAAGGGGAUAAACUGAAUGAAAUCAAGGCGCAAAGGAGUAGAAUCAAAUCGGUCCCGAUUAUCCCAGUGGAAAGAGAGAAGGUAAGGAAGGUGUGCAACACCAGUUCAAACCAGACCGUGUUGAGGGGCGGGAAGAUCGUUUCAAGUUCACCCGCGAAAAUAUCGGGAACUGGUAGCAGUCGGGUGUUAACCAAAAGAACCGAACCGAAGGAACCGGCACCAAAAAAACUGGCGACAAGAAAAAGUGCCGGAGCAGUCAGUGAAGAUAACAAAUUACAAGUGAACGGUUGCCGAUCACCUAAAAUAAACGAGGGUCGCACUAAUAAUCCUCUCACAAACGGUCAUUGUAAAUCGGAGGAGAAAACGAACGUGAAGCGCACAAAAAGGGCGCUAGCAUUGGAAAAAGAUAAAUGCACCAGCUCGAGGUCCGUGAAGGUGCUCCGCCGGUCGCACGUUGUCGGUUUGGGGUUUAGGUGCGGAACUUGCGAUCACUCGCCACCCGAGAAACUGUGCUUGCCCUCAGUCAAACAUAACAAAACUAUCUGAAACGCAAUUUUUUCCUUGAUACAUUUAAGUUUUUGUUUUAUUAUUUAGCUGCUAAGGUUAACUAUAAUGUCUUGCCAAAAUAUAGUUUUUGGGAAAUAAGAACGACCUUUUACUGGGGUGCCGUCUUGAAUCAUAGAAUUAAAACAUAUUUUAGCGAGUAAGCCACUUACGAUCUCUUAGGCGUUACAUCAUCAUAUUUUUGCGCUCGAAUGAUGCCUAACAGAGUGAAAUUAAUGGGUGUAUCAGUUGUACGCUGUGUUUCAUUAAUAAAUAAAACACACUAUUUGUAUUCAAAAAAUUAAAAAUUCCUGCCUUGCGCCUUCGGCCGUCAUCAGGGGUUAAGACACUAAAAAGAUACAUUAAAUCAGCACAGGACGGAGCAUUUUAGAACGAGACAAACAUCGUUAAAAUACAAAUCGUAAUAAGUCAUAAAAAAGGUCAGUCACAAAAUGGGACGAAAAAACAUUAUACAUUUGUACGAAUCAAUACAAUUUUAAGGUCAACUUACUUUUCAAAGCAACGACACCAUUCGAUAAAAACGGUACACCACAUAUACAGAAACCAUAGGCAAUAUGAUCGAAUGACAUGUCUUAAAGACGCUUACUCGCUAAAAUAUGGCUUUAUUAUAUAACUUUCAAUUCAAUAUGGCACCCAAGUUAAUACAAUGUACGACUUUGAUUUGUACCUAAAGCUCAUCUUACUUGAUUUUAUUUCUCAAAACCCCUAAAUUUUGACUGGAUUAAAUGGGGUCAUCAAUACCUACAGCGUAUCCUGAAAUUUGGGGGCUUCUUGUCCAUGAUACAAGUAAAAAGCAAUCAUUUUACACCCUGUAUAACUUCUUAUAAAAGCGGUCCUCAAAUUUCAGUAUACUGCUUAGAAAUUUAUGAGGGAUUGUUGCAAAUGUUUGAAUGUAAAUUGUAUGGAAGUUAAAUAUAGUUAUAACCAAUCUGUUUGGUUUAAAUAGUUAACAUAUGUACAGAAAAAUUAAUUUUAUAUAAUGCAUAGCAAAUAUUGCUGCUCAUUUAUUUCCUUGCUUGUUAUGUUAUCAGAUCGCUCAUCCUAUUUAAAACAUAUUGAUAGGAAAUUUUUUACAUUUCUUGGAGUGCCUGACAGAAACGCUUUAAAUUUUAUAAAGGGUCUUAUAGCAUGAUCGUAGAGUCAACAUAAAAUAUUGUUUUAUGUUUUACACCUCUAGUAGGGAGUAAAAAAUUAUAUAUAUACCAGGUGAUACAGGAAAAAGGGAACACUUGAUGACUAUUUUAUUCUUCAAGAUAAACAAAUGAAAUUUGGAAUAUCGAUGGAAUUGUUAUAAGAGCAUGUUUUGACAUAUUCAGGGUGUUGGGUGCCAUAAAUGCGUUGAAUUUUUAAUCAAGUAAUCACAGAAAAAUAGUUUUCAUUGCGUUUUAUCUUUUACACUACUAUUUAAAAUGUCCAGAUCAUAUAAUUUUUUUAAACAGCACAUUAUUGGGAACAACCACUUUUGAACUGCGAUUUCUUUUUCCCAAUAAUUUGAAAUGAAUAUUUUUUAAAUCGGUCCCAUUUAAAAUAAAAAAAGUCAGUGUCACUUCAUAUGUCAAAAGAUGGUCUUAUAUUUAUUCCACCAAUAUACCAAAUUUCAUUUGUUUAUCUUGAAGAGUAAAAUAGUUAUCAAAUGUUCCCUUUUUUUCCUGUGUCGCCCGGUAUGAUUCAUUGGGUGAUUUGUAAUUUGUACUCUAUGAUCCUUAGACCCUCGUUAAUUGGAUGAUUAAGAUAUUUUUAUAUUGUGUAUUUUGUAAUGAAAUUCAAAUUAUCUUUUUAAGCUAGGCAUUUCAAAAAAUUCAUAAUAUUAGUAGAUGUUAUGGAUGUGUAGGUACGAGGCAGGACGUUCUGGAAACUAGAUGUUGUUAUAUAAAUGCACAAAGUUUAAAUUAUGUAAGACGUACAUAAGUAGGAACAGAAUCAAACCAUAUUAGAUUAUGAUAGAGAUAUAGCACUAUUUAAAAUAAACUAAUUCACUGUCAAUAAAUUAUCUAUUAUGACGUUGUGACAGAAUAAUAAAAAACAGGAAUUUGUA